CCAAAGACAAUGAUAAUAUUUCUAUUCCAAGGGCAUACAGAGGUACUAUUUGUCACCUCCAUCUCUGUCCAGUGAUAAAAGAUGGCGCCUCUUAAUAUUCAGAAACUUCAGACGGAGGAACACGUCGCCGUCGCUCUUGCCAAGUAUAUCGCUGAUCUGUCUGCUAAAUUCAUUGACGCUCAUGGUUCUUUUUCCGUUGUGCUCUCCGGUGGUACUUUAAUCGAUACUCUCAGGAAAGUGGUGGAGCCUCCGUAUGUUAACUCCAUAGACUGGUCGAAAUGGUUGAUUUUCUUCCUUGAUGAGCGUGUUGUUCCUCUGGAUCAUCCUGAUUGCAAUUACAAACUUGCUUAUGACGGAUUUCUCAGCAAGGUGCCAAUACCUGAGUCUAACAUCUAUCCUAUCAAGGAAAGAUUAUCACCCGAGGAUGCAGCGGAUGAAUACGAGCAGCGCCUUAAAAAUUUGGUAGCAAACAAGACACUAAAAACAUCACCAAUUACAGGGUUUGCUAAAUUUGAUUUGAUGUUAGUCGGAAUGGGUCCAGAUGGGCACGUUGCAUCCCUUUUCUGUUGGCAUUUUCAACGGUUUGAGAAGAAGAGAUGGGUGACAUUCAUCACGGAUUCACCCAAACCUCCUCCUCCUAGGAUCACCUUCACCUUUCCUUUGAUCAAUUCAGCAUCGGAGAUUGCAAUGGUGGUGACCGGAGAAGAUGCAGCCGAUGCAGUUAAGGUGGCAUUGGGAAAACAUGCUUCUUAUGGUUACCCAUUGCCGGUGCAGAAGGUUUCACCUGAAGGAGGUCUGACAUGGUUCUUGGACACGGAGGCUACUUCAGAGCUCAAGUGAACUGCUAUGUACAGGUACAUGAAACUAUCUUUGUAUAUUAAAUAAGGGAUGAUGUAUCAUGGAACAGAGAAGUUAGCCAAACUUCUGUAGUUGUAUGGUACACAUGAAUCCCACAACCUUUGUGUUUUAGACUUUAGUUUGCUUUAGUUUAUGUAAUGUUUCAAGAUUAGCAAUAUAAAGAAAAGCUUGUAAGCUUUUUUUUUUCAAUAAAUACCAAUUUGGUUUGGAUUCAUAU